CCUACACUUCCGCUUUCCGCCGUCCGUAGGCAUCCGAAUGAAUAUUGUGUUGAAAAUUUCAAUAUCUGGUGCAGAAAUAAGUCGAUUUAUCCUUACUCUGCUAUUGCCAUGUCCUCCUGAAUGACAGAUAUUUAAGACAUGGCUAGUCCCCAGAAAGCUGUAUUGAAUGGUUUGGAUGCAGGUCCUGCUGCCAGCGGAUUCAGGCACCAGCUACCACAAAUUGCAGUGAUGACCAGAAACCCCAAGAUUGCUCAGAGUAAGGUCUCGGCCAAGGUUGAUGUUGUUGGUGCAGAGCAUUCUACUACAGAUGUCGAGGGAGUUGGAAAAGUUGUGCAUAUAGGUUCUGAGGUAAUGGAGGUUGAUGAUUCAGCUGAGAAGAAAUUACUUGACGAUUUGGAAGCGGAAGUCCAAGACAAGGAAAAUGAGGACAAAGAAAACGAAAAUGCUGAAGAUAAAGAUAAACAGGAUAGCAAAGGCGACGCAAAGGACAAUAUCAGUGAUAAUAAAAGUGCAGAAAUUGAAAACAUUGGAGAAAUGACCAAUAGUGAAAAUGUGGAAAAUGAAAAGACUGAAUUACAAACUAGUAAAAUUGAAGACAUUGAAAAACCAGUAGCUGAACAAACAGAUGUUGAUGUUAAAAUAUCAGAGGAGGUGAAAGUUGAAGAAGCAAAAGUUGACGAUGUGAAAGUUUCAGAAUCAGAUGUUGGUGUAGAUAAGAGAGAAUCAAGAGGCAAACGAAAAUCAUCAGAGUCACCAACGAAAACAAAACCAGAAAGGAAAUCCCCAACAAGAUCGAAAUCACAAACAUCAUCAACUAGAGAUAAAGAGAAGCAAAGAAAACUGAAUGCAAUGGAAGUUGAUAAAGAUACUUUAUCUGAUGAUUCAAACAGUCCUCAUAAACGUAACAGGAAACCAAAGAAGUUUGAAGACGAGAAGGAGCCAGAAACUAAAUCUGCAAAACCUAAAACACCAGUGGGGAAGUUGUCGAAACCAAAAGUAGAAGUUACACCAGAAUUGGAGGCUAAAUAUCCAGUGAAGUGGUUGGUUGGUGAUCUUGUAUGGGCAAAGGUGGCAAGUCAUCCAUGGUGGCCUUGUAUGGUCUCCUAUGAUCCAUUCUCAGCACUAUACACUAGAAUUAACAGGUGCAGAGAAUAUCAUGUUCAGUUUUUUGGUGAUGCUGCGGAGAGGGCAUGGAUUUCGAUGAACAAUCUAUUGGAAUUUCAGGGAAAGGAAAAAUUUGAUGAACACACACAAGGCUUGUAUGCUGCUGCAAAAAAUUCAAAGGAACUUAAAAAGUUGAAAGAGUGGUAUGGUGUUAAAGCUAAUCGUGUGAAAGCGCUAAACAUUGGAAUUGCUCAAGCUGAAACAGCUCUGCCUCUUAAUCGGCAAGAGCGGAAAGCUAAAUUUACGUUCACUUACAAACUACCUAAAGGUAAAUUAACCGAAACUGUAAGUGAGAAAUUGAAAGAACUUGAUGAAGACUUGAAAAUAAUUCAGGGUGCAGAUAAAAGUGUAACUAAUGAAAAUAAAUCCGGUAAAAAACGAAAACAUGAAGAAGUGGGGACUCCCACGAAAACUCCCAAAAAUUCAAAGCGGAGAAAAUUAGAAACACCUAAAUCAGAAACUAAAGUUGAUUCUCCUGUUAAAAUUGGGAAAAGGUCAUCGAGUUCUUCUCGUCCUGUGUCUGGGACGGAGGGUUCGUUUGAUGUGUUUUGUCAGAAAGAAAGAGAAAAUGUGCUUUUAGAACACCCUGAAUUUACAGAAGACAUGUUGAUGGACUAUUGUCGACAACAGUGGUGUAUGAUGAGUAAGAAGCAGAAGGCAAGAUACAAGAGCAAAUACACCGAGGAAUCUGAUCUCAGUCAAGAAAUGUCACCUGGCGGAGGCAGGAAACGUAAACCAUCACAGAAAGUUAUAGAGGCAGAGGAGGACAAUAAAGCUGUGGAUGAAGUCAUUUCCAGAAAGAAACCAGCACCUGUUAAACCAGAAGGCAAAGUGAAGAAAUCUCGUACUUCAGUUGACACACCUUCAACACCAAACGUUCCAGCUGAACAAACUGAAUCUAAGUCAGAGCAUAAAAAGAGGCGUGGACGCCCAAGUAAAGUUAUGGCUGAGGCUCCUGAUGUGACGGAGGCAGCAGGAGAUGGAGAAACAUCUGUGAAAACUGAGGAAAAACCAGAAAAUUCUACAGCAGAAAUAGAGCAGGAUGAUAAGUUGGAGACUAAAAAGAAGCGGGGUCGCCCCAGUAAAAUAAAUGCUGAUGCUAUCGUUGUAUCAGAGGCAGCAAAUACUGAAACAACUGUGAAACAGGACAGUUCCACUGAAAUGGAGCAGGAUGGAAAGCUCAAUGCAACAGUAAUACCAGCCAAGAGAGCACGACCUAAGAAAUCAAUCUCUACAGACUCUGAUAAACAGAGUGAAAGUGGAAGAUCAACACCAGAUCCUACCCCAGAGCUCCCGCCUGUUCCUAAGAGGGAGAAGGAGGAGUAUGAGUACGAGAUGGAGAUAUACAAACUGUCGUCUGCUGGGCCCCAAAAGAAGGAGAAUUUGUGUCAGAUAUGUGAGCAGACGGGCGAAAUGAUGGAAUGUCAAGGACCGUGUCAGGGCUUCUUUCAUAUGGACUGCCUGGGCCUCAGUGCUGCACCAGAGGGAGCAUUUAAAUGUGAUGAGUGUACUAAUGGUGUUCAUUCCUGUUUUGUAUGUAAGAAGUCGUCUGCUGACACCCAGCGAUGUUGUGUGCCAGUCUGCGGAAAGUUUUAUCACAUAGACUGUAUCAAGCAAUACCCUCAGGCGAAAGUGGAGGGCAAAGGCAUUACAUGCCCUCUACAUAGUUGUCAUACGUGCUUAGCAAAUAACCUGAAAGGUUCUGCAGCUAAAUCUAAUGGCCGUUUAUUACGAUGUGUACGGUGUCCGACGGCGUACCACGUGGGUGAUUUCUGUAUAUCAGCAGGCAGUAUAAACCUGACUGGGUUUAAUAUAGUAUGUGCUAAACAUUUUCAACCAAUACCAUCAAUGAAACAUCAUUCACACGUCAACGUUAGCUGGUGUUUUAGUUGUAAUAAAGGAGGAACGUUGUUGUGUUGUGAGAGUUGUCCGGCAGCAUAUCAUGCAGAGUGUCUCAAUAUAGAAUUCCCCACAGGAAGUUGGUACUGUCAGGAUUGCGUCAAGGGAAAACGACCCCUGUAUGGAGAAAUCAUUUGGGUCAAACUUGGCAAUUACAGAUGGUGGCCUGGAGAGGUGUGUCAUCCACGUAAUGUACCUCUCAAUAUACAGGAGAAAGCUCACCAAGUAGGGGAAUUCCCAGUACAUUUCUUAGGAUCUCAUGAAUACUUUUGGUUACAUCAGGGAAGAGUGUUUUCAUUCCAAGAUGGAGAUAAGGGCACUGGAGGAUCUUCUUCAAAUAAAGGACUUGCAAAACAUUUUGCAAAAGGUUUGAAGGAGGCCACUGAAGGAUUUAGAGUAUGGAAAGAAUUCAGGGAGAAUAAAGAACAAAUGGAACUGGCCAAGGAAAGCAAGAAACCAGCACCAUUUAAAAUGGUUAAGACCAAUGUGCCAUUGGGUAGUGUAGUUAUCAAGAAAGCUGAUCUCUCUGAAUUACCAAGGUGUGACUGUAAACCUGACCAGGAACACCCAUGCGGGCGCGACUCAGAGUGCCUCAAUGCCAUGAUGAUGUACGAGUGUCAUCCGGCUCUUUGUCCUGCUGGUGAAAAUUGUCAGAACCAGUUCUUUACUAAAAGACUGUACCCUCCGCAACAACCUUACAAGACAGAAGGUCGUGGGUGGGGAUUAAAAGCCACUGCUGACAUUAAAAAGGGUCAGUUUGUAAACGAGUAUGUUGGUGACUUGAUAGACGAGGAGGAAUGUAAAAGACGUCUAGAGAAAGCUCAUGAGGAUGAUAUACGUAACUUCUACAUGAUGACUCUAGAUAUGGACAGGAUUAUUGAUGCAGGUCCGAAGGGUAAUUUGUCGCGAUUUAUGAACCAUAGCUGUAAUCCGAACCUGGAGACACAGAAGUGGAAUGUAAAUGGUGAUGUCAGGGUUGGCCUUUUUGCACUGAAAGACAUAAAAGCAGAAGAUGAAUUGACAUUCAAUUAUAACUUUGAUUGUCUGGGUAACGAGCAGACCAAGUGUGGAUGUGGAUCAGAAAAUUGUAGCGGUUAUCUUGGAGUAAGACCUAAGUCUCAGCAUGCAGCAAUGGCAGAAUUGAAGAGGAAAGAAACAAAGAAGGGAGAUAAGCAGAAGAAGAAGAAGAAACCCGUGGUGAAACGUAAACAUGAUGAUGAUUGUUUCCGGUGCGGCGAGGGAGGGGAACUCGUCAUGUGUGACAGAAGCAGCUGUCCUAAAAGCUAUCAUCUUCGGUGUCUCAGUCUCUGCAAACCUCCUCAUGGAAAAUGGGACUGCCCUUGGCAUCAUUGUGAUGAAUGUGGGAAACCUGCUACUCAGAAAUGUGUUGAGUGCCCUAACUCAUACUGUAGUGCUCACGCUGAAGUCAAGAUUCGAAUGUUUGACAAUAAAGUCUAUUGUCUCGAACACGAUGAGCUUCUCAAUACAUUAGAAGAAUCUCAGUCACAAGCAUCUACUGCAUCGGAUGACAAUGGAGAGCUUACAGGUGACUCUGAUGUAACUGAAAAAGUAACAAAUGGAAAGGAGAAAGAAAAUGAUGCCGCAACCAAAGGAAAAAGUAAAGAAGAAUCCUUGCCGCCUAAAAAGCGUGGACCAAAACCCGAGAGUACUGACAAACCAACAAAUGGAACAGCAGCAAAAACAUCACGUGGAAGGAAAGCUUCAUUAAAAGGGGAGCCAGGAACAAAGGGGUCUGUAUCGGACGACCCGCUAGCUGUUGCUCCAAUGUUUGAUGAUGAUGAAGAGGAGGAAUUUGGACUUGUAAUUGAUAUUCCGAACUUUUAAUGCACACUGAUCAAUAUUCCAUGUUUCAUUGUCCCAUUAUUAAACUGCAUUUCAUUUCAUUGGGGGGGAUUUUAAUGUUGCAUUUUUUAAUGUAUUUUUGUUUGUUUUUUUUGCUUGUUGGUGCAGAAGUGUUUUCAUGAUUCUACAAGUGGAAUUCUAAUAAAAAGUCAUUAAACUGGACUGGUUUUAUGAUUGUAGAGUGGAAGUUUUUUCUCAUUGUGGUUGUGUAGUGUAGGGAGGAGUUUUUGGAUAUAUAUUUUAGGAAGUAUGGUAGUGUUAUUUGCAUGUAUUAAGAGUGGAGUAUAUUUUUAUUUUUACAUGUUUGAAUUAUUUUUUUUGCAAGAGGUACUGUUACCUGUAUUAGUCUAUAACUUUACAUCAAGUGAGACUUCUAAAUUACGUUGGAUGUAAGUUUAACUUGGUUACCUUUGUAGAUUAUUGCAUUACCUUUGUAGAUUAUUGCAUUAAAUUAUUGAUGUUGCAGUUCAUUGAGUUUACAAAUUACAUCUUGGAGUUUUAAACUUUUCUAAUAUUUAACUGUGCUUGACAAAUUUCUUGUAAAUGACAACUAGUUCCUUUUAAACUAAAUUUGCUGAAUAAACUAUAAAUAGCCUAAGGCCUGAAAAUUUAGCUCACAGUUUUUAUCAUGUAAUCAUUCUGUGUAUAGUUUUUACAUUUAAUUUAUGUGAACAGUUUUUGAGAUUUAUAGAGUUCUUAACUUACAGGAAUUUCUUUUGUAAUGUGUAUUUAAAGUUCAGUAUUUAAUGCAGCUACUAUUUAUAUUGGUAUUUAUUUGUAAAACACACCAAUAUGGUAAACCAUUUGUAUAUAAUAUAUGAUUGGCUUGUAAUUGUCAAUACAUUUAUUCAUAAUCGAUUUACGCACUUGACAUAAUGUGUUAAUGCUAUAAAUAGCACAUUUUUAUGUUUACCGUAUGCAAUGCUGAUAUUCAUACAUAUUGUAUCUCCUCACAAAUAGCUCCUAAUUGGUGGAAAGAAGUACACAUUUGUGCCAGUGGGGAUGAGAAAUUUGUUGCGGUAAUUAUCUAUUUUUAGACUUUUUAUGCCCCUGGCAUCUACUGAUGCGGGAGAGAUAUAGUUAUCGUCCUGUCCGUCCGUACGAGGUUAACCAAAUGGGACCGUUUCGUCUAGCGUCAGUACCCCUUACUAGAAUGACUUGAUACUAAUGCAGAUGUAACCUGUGAACAUUCCUCAUCUUCAGACAUCACCUGACCUCAGUUUGACCUUGACCUUGACCUCAUUUUGGACUUGGGUUGCUUUAUAUGGGCCAUCUCUUGGUUAACCAAAUGGGACUGUUUCGUCUAGCAUUAAUACCGCUUACAAGAAUAAAUUGAUACUAAUACAGAUGAAACCUGUGACCAUUCCUCAUCUUCAAACAUCACCUGACCUCAGUUUGACCUUGACCUCGUUUUGGACUUAGGUUGCUUUGUAUCGACAAGGAUGCCACCGGGGGCAUCAAGCGUUUAUUGAACGCAGCUCCUUGUUUAUUUUUA